CUUAUUAACCAUGUCAACAUUCACAUCGACACCAGCAACCCUUACUUCAUUAACUAUAACAACACAACCAACCCCUUCAACGAACCCAUCGGUGCUUUCAUCAACUACAUCAAUUGCAUCAUCUCCAACGACGGCCUCAACAGCAAUAGCAACACCAACAACCUUAUCAACUAUAUCAGCAUCAACAAAUCCAUCAACACCCACAACUCCGACGAAGUCUUGCGCCGGAUCCUGGUCGUACUAUGAGGGGUGGUGCUAUGGCUACUUCAGGGAUCCAGUGAACUUUGGCAGCGCCUUGUCGACGUGUCGGACGAUUGCGGGUUUGGAAGCGGAUUUGGUAUCAAUACACAGUGACGCUGAGAAUGCGUUCGUCUAUGACUUAUGGGUGAGCUUGGAGGAAUACAUUGGUGAGUUGUUAUGGAUCGGGUAUCAUCAACCGACGAAUGGGGCUUUGGAACCCUUCGUUUGGACUGACGGGACACCGGAUGAUUACGCCUCGUGGGAACCAACACAACCCGACGAUAAUGGAGGCAAUGAAAACUGCGCGUCCUUCUGGCGUAGGAACCCCUCAGAUGACGCGGCGAAGCCUUGGAACGACGUGCCGUGUGAUAUCGUCACUGCCCCUUUCGUCUGCAAGGCAGCUAUCUAAAGCAUUGAUUUUGAUUUUUUUUAAUCUGUAAUUUCAUUUCAUUUAUUCAAUACUUUCAUUGAAAACAUAUAACAAUGCAGAUAUAUACACACAUAUAAAGGAUUAUAAAUAA